UAAUGACGCACGGUUUACGCAGUUCCCGGAAGUGCAGUGGGGACACAGGCCCCAUCGAUUGAACACAACUGCAUACAUAAGCAUUUACUAAUAAUAAAGCUCGGUUUGUAUAUAAUUUUCAUGGAGUACUACCGCUAACACAUAUGGAGUGUCAAGAGGAAAAGCCUAUCAUCUAUACUAUGGAAAACAAGCCGAUUGUGACAUGUGCUGGAGACCAGGGCUUGUUUACGUCUCUCUAUACCUCAUUGGCCCAACAACUUCCCAGGGAGCCAAUGGAGUGGAGGAGGACUUAUGGCCGUGCACCAAAAAUGAUCCACCUUGAAGCUAAUUUUGUCCAGUUUAAAGAGGAACUACUCCCCAAGGAGGGCAACAAGGCUCUCCUCACCUUCCCCUUUCUCCACAUCUAUUGGACCGACUGCUGUGACACAGAGGUGUAUAAGGGCACGGUGAAGGAGGACAUGAUGCGCUGGCAGAACAGCUUGCGAGCUCAUGGCUCAGCAGACUGGGUCAUCAUCGUCGUGGAGACCAACGACACUAAGAAGAAGAACAAGACCAACAUCCUGCCUCGGUCAUCCAUCGUGGACAAGAUCCGCAGCGAUUUUUGCAACAAGCAGAACGACAGGUGUGUGGUGCUGUCCGAUCCUCUGAAAGACUCGUCUCGGUCUCAGGAAUCCUGGAAUUCCCUGCUGCUCAAGCUGCGAACUCUUCUCCUCAUGUCCUUCACCAAGAACCUGGGGCGCUUUGAAGACGACAUGCGUACGCUCCGAGAGAAACGCACCCAGCCUGGCUGGAGCUUCUGUGAAUACUUCAUGGUCCAGGAGGAGCUGGCCUUUGUUUUUGAGAUGCUACAGCAGUUUGAAGAUGCCUUGGUCCAGUAUGAUGAACUCGAUGCUCUUUUUACCCAAUAUGUCCUUAACUUUGGAGCUGGAGAUACAGCUAACUGGCUCGGAUCGUUCUGCGCCCCAGUGUGCAGCUGGAACGGCUUGCUUCUUCGGCGGCCCAUAGACAUGGAGAAGAGGGAUGGGAUCCAGCGUGGGGAGGCCAGCCUGUUAGAUCUGAGGAGCUACCUGUUCUCCCGCCAGUGCACCUUACUCAUCUUCCUCCUGAGGCCCUGGGAGGUCACACAGAGAGCCCUGGAGCUGCUGCACAACUGUGUCCAGGAGCUCCGCCUGCUGGAGGUGUCGGUGCUGGAGGGGGCGCUAGACUGCUGGGUGUUUCUCAGCUGCUUGGAGGUUCUGCACAGGAUCGAGGGCUGCUGUGAUCAGGCCCAGUUAGCUGCAAACUGCUCCCAUACCGUCGGGCUGUGGGCCUACGCCACUGACAAGCUGAAGUCCCUGGGGGAACUCUGUGGCCUGGUGUCAGAGAAGAGACCCACAUCAGAGGACCUGAACAGGACUGUGGAUCUGCUGGCCGGACUGGGGGAUGAGAGGCCCGAGACUGUCAACAGUUUGCAGAGCCCUUACAAAAAGCUGAAAGAAGCCUUGUCGUCUGUGGAAGCUUUUGAAAGGCACUAUCUUGAACUCUCUCAUGCUGCUAUGGAGAUGUAUAGGGCCAUAGGCCGGCUGAGGUCUGCCAGACUAGUGGGAAAAAGCCUGGCUGAGUUCUACAUGAAGAAGGGGGACCCUGAGCGGGCAGAAACCUUCUUACAGGAAGCUUUGAAGUCGUACGUAUCAGAGGGAUGGAGCCUCCCCGUCACUCACACCAGGAAACAGAUUGCUGAGUGUCAGAAACUGCUGGGCAGAACUGAAGACUACUUGCAAACCAGUGCCUUGUUGGCUGGUGAUGUGAAUCUGACCACGGAGGAGAGGAAGCACUUUUGUCAAGAAAUUCUGACCUUUGCGGACAAGUCUGAAGAUCAGUCUCACAAAGUGACUCUCAGCAUGGGUGUUUUUUCUCAACUCACACGGCUACAGUUCCGUCCAGCCACAGCCUCGGUGCACUCUGGAGCCGUCCUGCAGGUGGAGCUCACUCUGCGAUGUUUGAUGCCCGUGGCAGUGCACAUACAGCAACUAGCUGCUAGCAUUCACUUUGACCUGGAGCGUGGAGGGACUAAUGGAAGGUCUAAGGGAAAUCAGAGACAAACAAACCCAGGGACAGUAGAGUUUCACCAAGGUAACUCGUCAGCGGGUCCGCCCUCCUCCUCAGCUGCUGGUCCCCCUUUAGAGCUAGAUGAGAUUCAAGACAGGAGUCCUUCGGACAAUUCGCUCAACUCUACAGGAGUGGUGUGUAAAAACACUCAUCUGGUCAUGCGUCUUCAUGACAACAUCUCGCUGCCGGACACGCCCAACUGUGUCAGCCCUCCUGCUGUUACCAUACAGGAAGGAGCACAGAUGCUGAAAGUGCAGGAUGUAACGUUAGAGCCCGGGAAUAACAGCAUCCUAUUCACAGCACCAAGUGGACAACCAGGUACUUACACAUUGCGUCAGCUGUAUGCCACGGUGGGUCAGGUGCAGUUUGUACUGCCUCAUAUCUACCCAUCGGUCCAGUAUGAAGUCUAUUCUCAGGAGCCUCAACUCACCGUGGAGCCUCUCUCAGAGCCACUGUUGGCCGGUCUGCCUCAGAUGGUGAAGUUCACUCUGUUGACGGGUCACUACGCAGUGAAGAAGGGAGACGCUCUGCAGCUCAGCAACACAGACACCAUGCCCAUCCUGCCCUCUACCAGCUGCACCGCCCGCAUCAGCAACCCUACAGCUGAGUUGGUGGGUGAAAGCGCCCUGUUCAUCCAGUCGUCUGAGAAGGUGACCAGCAUCAGCCUGCCCGCCACCCCUCCUUACCACACUGUGGAGUUCCUCCUGGAGGUUCUGUGCAUCAUCCCGUCCGGGUCCGACCGGCCCGCCAAUGAGAGGCUGACCAACGGGGAGGUCCGCCAUCGACCACGCAGCUACAGUCAUCCUGACACGCCCAUGACCGCCAUCGACCAGAGGAUGUCCAUCGACUGUCCGUGGUCCAUCUACUCCACACUGCUUGCCCUCACCUUCUACAUCCCUUUCAAGACCAAACAUUCUCUGCUUUCUGCUGGUAACAGGAAGUACAUCCAGGUGUGUGUGCAGAACAUGUCAGAUGUGAACUUCACGCUGGCAGAAGUAAAGCUGGCCGAGAAGCAGCAUGCGUCACUGGAGCUGCAGUCUCUCAACACUAAAACUCAACAGCUUUUGUGCAGUAAGCACAGCGUGUUCUGCUUGUGGGAGGUGAGGUGGAAGGACGAUCUGCCCUCCUGUCUACAGUGUGUUUUCUCUGCCAACUUCUCUCCACUCAAGCAAGACGUCUCUGCUUUCAAACCCUUCCACUACCAGUUCCAGUUGGAGAGAGUCACUACGUUGUACAGUGUGAGAGCUGAGAUCUCGCCUCCUGCUGGUGAGCAGCACUGUCGCUCCGGUUUCCUCUGUGGCCUGGAGGUGUGUAUAACCCGACUGACUGAACCUGCAGAGGGAGAGAUGGCGGAGGACAGCAAGACUGACACCGAUGGCCUCAAAACCACCAAACUCAUGUAUGAAGUGGCUGACAGCAGCAGUAACUGGGCGGUGUGCGGGAAGAGUUCAGGGAUGGUGUUGAUGCCGAUGGUGGCCGACGCCACUCACAAGGUGCAGAUCGAGGUGAUGCCUCUGUUUGCAGGACACCUGCCCUUCCCCAAGAUCAAAGUGCUGAAGUACCUGCCUCACACUGCAGCAGUGGCCAUUCAACCAGACCCUGACAGCUGCGUGGAGAACGACAGUCUGUCCCUGCUGGACAAGGCGCUGGACGACCAGGGGGACACAGCCAGCAUCCGCAGCCGGGGCAGCGUGCACUCUGUGGGCAGCGGUGACCAGCAGCAGAAGGGUGUGGCCAUGCCGCGUCUGGAGCCCUUCAGUCCCGGACAGGUGUUCAACCAUAGCCACACACAGCAGGUCCUGGUGCUGCCCGCCACCGACGACCACAUCCUGGAGGUCAACGCUACAUGACCCUGGUGGCAAGACCGCCCGCUUCUUAUAGAACUGAACCCAGGCCCUGGGUGGACUCUGCUGAGCUUUUGCUCUGGGGCAGAUCGGGUCCAUGAGUCCUUGUCGAAGACCGCUGCAGGUUGCCGGCAUGGACUCACCCCUAAGCAUGAAACGUUCACAUCACUGGAGACAUUACGGACUAGACACAGUGAAGAGCCAAUGACAUCUGCUGAUAAAAUUUAAAUAAAGAUGUUUCUUUGCCAUACUUUGUACAUAGCUCAUUGGAUGGAUUUAUAGUUAUAAAUAUAUAUAUGGACUGAUCAAUCAGAUCGGCGCCUGUCCUGCUCCUUCAAACUGAAGAAAACAGUCCUGAUUGUCCCAUGAUGCACCAAAGCCCUAGAUGUGUGUACGCCUCAGUCAAAAUUACAGUACUUAAGUAGCUGAUCGAGUGUGUCCAGCUGUAAGUGCCGUUCCUGUGCCACUCAAGUAGUCAUCAUUUUUACAUUUGAGACUUUUGCCUUGAUGGUUAUCUUCGAGUUGCUUCAAUUUUACAGAAGUCAAAACGAGGAAGGUUAACAAACUUGAAUGCAUCUUUGGAGACAAAUCCAUCCAUCCAUCCAUCCUUCCAGACUCUUCUGUCCUGCCAAUAUGAAAACUAUUCCCUCUGAUGUUGAAGUAGAAUAUUAAUUCUGACAACAGACUACAUAGUAUCAGCCUGAUAAUGGUCCCAAAAUGAUCAAAAUUCCAGCUUUUGGACAGUUGUAAUGUUGUCAUGUGAAAUUAAGUUGUCUCUGGCAUCCUUUUGUAUUUUAAAUUUGGACAUAUUUUAAGCUAAUACUGCUACGUUGUAACUAAUUAUGGUGCUUGCUGAUCGGUUAUUCAAACGUUCAUAAACUAUUACCUGUAGCGAGGUUUAUUUAUUUAUUUAGAUCAAGCUGCUGCUUGCCCUCUACAGUAGAGUUUUGGUAAAAAUUUAGAUGAAAAUGUACAUUACUAUACUAAAUAAUGUAUUCUAAAUAUCAGUUUUAUUACAAGUAUAACAGCAAAGAGAAUAGUUUUUGUACCUGCAAGAUAAAAAAAGUAUGGAAGCCGCGAGAGGCAAGAGAGAAUGUUUUUAUUCAUUUUUUCAUCUGAAAACGUCUGGAAAAAAAUAUUUUUAUUCCCGGGCAAAUUUUUUCUCUUUUCUCUUUUCUUGUUCUUCAUUUUUUUUCCAUCUUUGAAAAUGGGUGAAAUGGGGUAGUGGUGCACUUCAGCCUCUUGUGGUUGAAAUGAGUAUUACAACAACAAACCCUUCAAAAGAAAAUUCUCUCUUGCCUCUCUGGGCUUCCUAGAAAAGUCGCCAGUGAUUAUGAAAAUGUCUUAAAACAUACAAGUAAGAUUUAUUGGAUAACUGUAUUCAUUUUGAACAAAAACGGAAAUGCAGACAUCAGCACAAAAUUCUCAAAUGUAAAACCAUUGACGACAUGAGUUUCCGACUGAGUAGCGGUGUGUUCAGCUCAUAGACUGUAAGGGUUCAGCUGUAGUUGUGUGUAUGUGUGAGGGUUUACGUGUAUGUUUCUGUACGAGUGUGUGUGUGUGAUCAGGUGAGAUCAGCCAGUGCACAUUAUAGUCUGUCUAUUGUCUUACCUUAUCAGUGGAUUGUUCAUAUACAGUGUGUAUAUUUAUUGUGUGUGUUUGGGUGUGCGUCGCCAAAUCCAUAUCCGAGCUAUGCACACAUACCUUUAGGUGUUGAAUAGAUGAAUGUAAUAAGUCUUUAUUGGAUUUAUUUAUUCAUUUAUUUGAGAGGAUGAAUGUCAGCCCCGCCCGCCCGCGUCCUUUCCUUCGUCCUUUCCUCCCCCCUGGUGCACACACACACACAGUGCAACUACAGCCUCCGGCUUCUCUCUGACCACUGUACAUACUGAUCUGUAAAUAAUGAUUCAAAUCAAAAUCAUCUUUGAUUUCCAACUAUAUUAAAAAAAUCAUUGGAACUGA